CCUUUGGAAGAACAAUCAGUGCUCUUAACUCCUGGGCCAUCUUUCCAGCCCCAGGGUCUCUUUUCUUUAUGUAUCCCUGAAUGUCUAAUUUGCUGUGUAGACCAGGCUGGCCCCAAAGUCACAGAGAUCUACAUGCACCACCACACUCCUUCCAAAGCAUUCCUUAAUAACAGUGGUUAUGGAAAUAGCCCCGCCUGCCAGGCUUGGUCCAAGUGCUGCGCCCUGUCCCAUUUUGUCCUCAUGGAAGUUUGUAGGCAAUGGAGCGUUUUCUUCCCCUUUGAUAGAUGAAGAGCACGAGGCUCAAAGAUGCAGGAUAACCAGCUACUCAGGGCCACACGUCACCUCCAUGGUGGGGUGGAGCAUGUCCACAGCGCGUGGCUCUGCUGCUGCUAGCCAACUGCCUGCUCAACAGCGGUUGUUUAUCAAUCACCUCCCAUGUGCCAGGCAUUUUUCUUGGUGUGAGCCAGCAGAUGAAUCCCACACCUCCACAGGGCUGCUGUCCUUGAGCCUUCCUCCUCUGGGGAGGGAUUAUCUUAAGUUGUAUCUUUGGGUGCAUCAUCCAGCCCCUUCCGCACUGUCUGUUGUUGAUCUCUGAAGCCCCUUAGAGCCGUCCCAACCUUCCCCUAGGGAGAUGAUGGCUGAGAGCUGGUGUCCCCAGAUCCGUGGACCUCGUAUUCUGAGGGCCAGGAAACACCUUCAUGGCGCACUGGCCUCACCUAGAACUCAUGCCUUGUAGUCUCCCUAAGGCCUCCUUCCUCAGGGGUGUGGCGCCUCCCACACCUCCCACAGCAGGCCGCAAGGAACUCAGUCUCCAUCUUGGCAUACCUUGUUGGGCCAGCCUGAGAAGAGGCUUGGGGCCCAUUAGCCCUCAGGCUCCUAGCCCUGCCACAUCCACAUGGCCUCCAGCCUGCUUUUCUGUGCAUCUCCCCACACAAAGAGCCUGGGUGCUGUGGCUGGCUUCAGCUGCUGAAGUGGGGAGGGAGGAAAGCAGUGAAAAGCUCUUCCGAAAGGCCUGGGCGAAGGCAGGAGCCACCCAGGUGAUGGGAGCUGGUCCCCCGGGACCCCGACCCAGGACCACAGUGAAAGGUUACUGCUAAUUGGCAAGCUCCUGAUGGGGCCCUGCAUCUAUUUAGCACUCCCCCUCCCCAGAGACUUCUAGGAUGGUCUUGGCACAGUGUGUGAUUCGAGAGCUCCCUGGGAGUCUGGCACAAUCUGUCUGAAUUGUGAACAUGGAGCCUCUUGGCUUCCUAAUUUGUACUGGUGUUGUCGUGUUUCUCUGCCCAUUGUUGCUGGUAGAUUUAGGAGCCCCUCAGCCACCCUGACUUUGGUACCCUCCCCCAGACCCAGUGGGCGCCCUCUUCUCUGCAACCUCUAGCCAGACUGUUGGAGGCCAUGCUGGGCCAGGGAGCAGCAAAGUCCCUACCCCCCUCCCCUGACCUGUGGCCUGGCCUCAGGGCCCAGCUCUCACCCACCAUCAGCCCUGACACUAACACCGCUUGUCCAUCCCGUCACAGGGGGCAGAUGGCCUGUCGGAGCCGGAGGGCAUCUCUCUGAAGCGGGUUGCUGUGGUGGAAGAUUUCUUUGACAUCAUCUACUCGAUGCACGUGGAGAGCUCCGCAGAGCCAGGCAAAGCCCCCAAGCACGCUGGGCAGAAGAAAACCUACCGAGCGAUCGCGGAGACCUACGCCUUCCUCCCCAGAGAGGCUGUGACUCGGUUCCUCAUGAGCUGCACGGAAUGUCAGAAGAGGAUGCACUUUAACUCCAGCGGCCCGGAGCCCAAAGAGAGCGAGCCUCCGUCCCCUCUGGUGUCUGGCAUUAUUGACUACAACAUGCCCCUCACCUCCACCUACUUGAAGCAGAUGAAGCUGCGAGUGAUGAACUCUCAGGAGCAGGAUGAAACCUCUGUGAGCAGUGAGGAUUUUGAUAUGAAUGACUCCACAUGGAUGUCAGCUGACCCCCACCUGGCCUCCAGCCUGAGCCCCAGCCAGGAGGAGAGGAUGCGGAGCCCGCAGAACCUCCAUAGCCAAGAGGACGACGACUCCUCCUCUGAGAGCGGCAGCGGCAAUGGCUCUUCUACCCUGAACCCAUCCACUUCGAGCAGCACACAGGGUGAUCCUGCCUUCCCUGAGAUGAAUGGCAACGGUACUGCAGCCCCCAUGGACUUCACUGCCACUGCUGAGGAUCAGCCGAUCAACUUGUGUGAUAAGCUCCCACCAGGCACAGCGCUGGGCACACCGUCCUACCCCUCAGAUGGCUGCAGCACUGACGGGCUGCGGAGCCGUGUCAAGUACGGGUCUCCCCCCUACAGCUCUGGAAGCUAUGAUUCCAUCAAGACUGAGGUCAGUGGCUGUCCUGAGGACCUGACAGUGGGCCGGGCCCCCACAGCAGAUGAUGACGAUGAUGAUCAUGAUGACCAUGAGGACAAUGACAAGAUGAAUGACUCAGAGGGCAUGGACCCUGAGCGGCUCAAGGCCUUCAAUAUGUUUGUGCGGCUGUUUGUGGAUGAGAACCUGGACCGCAUGGUGCCCAUCUCCAAGCAGCCCAAGGAGAAGAUCCAGGCCAUCAUCGAGUCCUGCAGCCGGCAGUUCCCCGAGUUCCAGGAGCGGGCCCGCAAGCGCAUCCGCACAUACCUCAAGUCCUGUCGUCGCAUGAAGAAGAACGGCAUGGAGAUGACCAGACCCACUCCUCCCCACCUGACCUCAGCCAUGGCAGAAAACAUCCUAGCAGCUGCCUGUGAGAGUGAGACGAGAAAAGCAGCUAAAAGGAUGCGCCUGGAGAUCUACCAGUCCUCACAGGAUGAACCCAUAGCCCUGGAUAAGCAACACUCUCGGGACUCCACCGCCGUCACCCAUUCCACCUACUCACUGCCAGCCUCUGCCUACUCCCAGGACCCUGUGUACGUCAACGGUGGCCUCAACUACAGCUACCGUGGCUAUGGGUCCUUGAGCAGCAACCUGCAGCCCUCUGCUUCCCUCCAGACAGGAAAUCACAGUAACGGGCCCACAGACCUCAGCAUGAAAGGUGGGGCCUCUACACCCACUCCUCCCACACCCACCCCUUCCAGCAACAGCACCAGCAGGACCAUGCCCACGGCUCAGCUCAGCCCCACAGAGAUCAGCGCUGUGCGGCAGCUCAUCGCCGGCUACCGAGAGUCUGCAGCCUUCCUGCUGCGUUCUGCGGAUGAACUGGAAAAUCUCAUUUUACAGCAGAACUGACCCCGCUGGCCCCCAGAAUGCACCAGGGAAGGAGGCUGUCCCAGCUUGGACCCAGCUUCCUGCCUCACCAGUUGGUACAUUGUUUUCUGAAAGAGGUGGGACCCAAAAGAGCUGUUUCUAGCCACAGUCCAAGCAUCUGAGACUUUGGGCACAAGGACACUUUUUUUUCCCUUUUCCUUUUCCUUAUUUUUUUUUUUUUUUUUUUUUUUUUUUUUUUUUUUUGGAAUUUCACCACACGGGUGCUCUGACCUGCUUGGAAAGAGGCCAAUGGGGCAGCUCUAGAAGGAUUGGGCUCCCCUGACAAGGCACAGGGGCUGCAGCUCUACUUAGAAUUCAUCUUCAUGGACCCUGAUGUUAGAACCCCCAUCCCAAUAAUUACCUUUGAAGUCUUAGGUGAGCAGAAUUGCAUAUUUAUUGAGAAGAGCAAACGUGGACCCUUUCUUCCUCUCCCCUUAGUAAUUUAUUUUUCUGAAAUGGAUUCUUUUGUGUUUGUACAGAUUGCCAGUCUGUGUCUGUCUGAUCAGAAGGAUGUACCCCUGUACCUAACAUUCCAUAUCACUACACUGACGUGGGCUGGAGGCCAGCAGUUAGGCACCAGCUCGCUGUUGGAGUGCCCAGCACCCCUGGGAAGGCUACCACACUCCACUAGGCUAUCUUGUUGCAGAUCCCAGUGCUGCCACAGGGACACUGACAGGAACUGCCAAACAGGAGGACCUCACCCGCACCCACUGCAAACAAAAGCCCCCACCCAUCCUCCAGAGUUCCAGUCACACGGUCACCUGUAUUCUACCUCACACUCCAGCGUGGGCUUUUCCAGGAUGUGCUCCAAGCGUGUUCUGAAUGGCUGUCUCCCCAACUCCCACACAAUGUAUCUAUCUGCAUCAGACCGAGGGAGGGGCUUGGCCCUACAAACCAGCAGCUUGCCAUUGCCUGGCUCUUAGAGAUCUUGGAAGGAUGCAGUGCCGGGAGCUGGUCAAGGACCCAGGUCUGAUGAGCACAGGCCUCAGCCCCAGAUAACCUGCUAGAAGGGCCACUUCUUCAGGGCCAGCUCUCUGUCAGGCACCUGUGUGCCCCAGGGUGGACUGUGCUUCCACCCUCACCUCAUGGUGGGAGUAAAGGGGUCAGACCAUCGGUGCAAGUGGGGGAGCUACUUGUGUUCUCCUAGGACCAGACUUUCUUGUGGAAAGGCCUGUUCUCUAAGAAACCCAAGUCCCUGGAGUGUGACAAGGGACAAGAAAAAGCUGACCUGGUUUCCUUCCUUCCUGAUAGGCACUUCCUCUUGCUCUGUGCAAUACCUACCAGUGCUGCUAAAACCAGGGAUUCACCUAGACCUCAGCAGGCCAGGGGGCCUCUCCCUCAACACUCCGUAGCCAUGACAGCAGCACUCUGCUGCCUGCCCCUGCCCAGAGCUGGCAGAAGCCCUUUUGCCUUUCCUCCCUCAGAGCAAGGAGGCCUCAGGGGAGCCAGGGCUGCGUGGACACUAGGAUAACCACAGAAAGCCACUCUCGAUCCCAGAGCAGGUGCCCCUUCCCAAACAGGUGGGCAGGCAGUGCAGUGCAGAUUCCCUACCUGUUCAGAUUCAGGGCUGCCAGGCAGGGCUCCUCACCCUGCACAUUUCCUCCCUGGGGUUAAAUGUGGUCUUUCAUAUGGCCUCCAAUGCCUACCCAGCCACACCACCUCUGCCUUCAUGUGCCCGCUCACCAGGCCUCUGGACUGGGCCAGGACACCUGAGCCCCCUUCGUACAGCACAAGCUCCAGUGCCCAGGGCCUCCCCACAGCUGGCCGACCAUAUGCCCAGUUCCCCACCUGCUCAGUAAGACUCCUGGAUGUUUGAAUUUGUGUAAAUAUUUAUUUUUGUGUGUGAAUACUACAAAGUAAUCAGAUCUUUUGCAAAAUGUUACCCCCGGCAAUUUGUGAAAAUAUUAAUGUUAAAAAUUGGCAGAGACAAUCGCCGCCCUAGAAUUUCUGGUAUCAAUUACUUACCAUGUCAUUUCUGCUCCCAGAGGCAGUACCCAAGCUAGACACAAAUGGUUUGCAUUUCUGGAAGACGAGAGAAGAGACUAGGCAGGGACUCAAGAAAGAGCAUGAUCUGUAGACCUUAAGUGGUGUUUCCUAAGUGCAAGCAGUCUUGAUCAGUCACCAUAGCUACUGUCUUGAGCAGCCACCAGCAGCCUGCUCCCAGAGUAUGGUGUAAGCAUAGGUUCUACGUGUUUUCAAGAAAAGCAGAACCAGUGCCAGUGCUGAUGGCUUCCAGAGGGACUGCAGGACAGUGGAUGCUGUCAUACUGAUCUGGACUUCUUCCCAGAGAAGCUGUCCCCAAAGCCUCAGAGACAGCCAUAUCAGGAGCAAGUUAAUAUGGACACAGGAUUCUAUUACCUAGUUCAGUCAGGGGACUUGUUCUGUUUUACUUUUGUUUUAAAAGAUGCAGCUUCAAGUCUUCCCCUUCUGACUUGGGCCUGCCUUUUCCCAGGGGAGCUCCCCAAAGCCCUGCCCUACAGCCACUCCAGGCUGGUGGAAGGUUUAGCAUGAAGUAAUCAUCGGUGAUCUCAAGUGAAAUGGAAAUGCACUGUAGGAUACACCAGUGCCAGAGUCCUUGCAGGGCAGAUCCUGCAGGUGUCAAGAGAAGUGGUGGAUGACCUGUGAUGUGAUGGUGUACACAAGAGCAGUGAUGGUGUACAUGGCCUUUUCUCGCACCACUCAAAUGGGCAGCUUAUUCCCAAGGAUGGUGUUGGGGAGGGGCAGGCAGAGCUAGGAGGGUCUUAGAGGACUUGGAACAGAUGGAACCCAUCUGUCCUCCCCUAUUCUCAAGGGCCACAUAUGACUCCACAGGUGGUUAUAGGAUUAACUACCAGUUCAUUCUCAAAAUGCUGCUUUGAUCUCAGAGGGUUGAUACUUUUAAUUUGUAAUUUUUUGUAAAACUUUUUACAAGAUAGUAAAGUAUUUCACCAGAAUACCAGUUUCAAUCCGUCCGUGGUCUGAUUUUUAUAUAAUUUAGUGGUGCUUUAGAAACUUUGUUUUGUUGUUUCUGAGCUCAACAGCUCGAUCCUCUCUUGCCUGUAUCUACCUAAGACCAAUGUGAACCUUUGUAUUUUGCUCCUAAUUUUGGACUCAGUGGAAGUGUACUGUUUACAUGUACAGACGCCCCAUCCCUGUGUGUUCUGCAAGACGCGUGCUCGAGGAGGAAGAUGCACCUCACUAGCUCAUCUGCUUAGCAAAGCCACAAAGCAAAACCUCUCACUUUGUACCCGUUUCCACCUAAAAACAAAACCCUACACCACCUUGAACUCAGAUUUGCCAACACACUCUGCCUGGUGGAUGCCCUGUGCCUCUAUCAUGUGUUCACUUAGGAGAGGAAUCAAGAUAGCACCUUCUGUCCGCUGGGUAUGGGCUAGCACACAGGAGACAGCAAGGCAGGACUUCGCUGCCCAGCUCUUGGGGGAAGUUCUUUGGGCAGCAGGCAAUAGAAGGUCAAGAGGACUCAUGGGUCUUCGGGAGCAAGCCAGGCAGGAUUUAGGGACAACACAAGAAGUCAUCAAUCUGCUGGCAUAACUGAGAUACAUUUUGGAAGAGCAUAAAUUCCAUGUCAGGUGAGACUGUGACUUUCAGUGCAGAUGGUACAAGCACUUCUUCAGGGUUCCCAUCACCUCUGGGGAGGGUCAGGGGCUCCAGACAGUAAGCAUAAGGCACUUACCGCAAGCAGUGGAUGGCACCAACUUUUAAAGGUGACUUUAUUAAUCAAUGGUUUCACCGCUAAAUUAUAUUUUUACAGAUAUGCACCUAUGCAACUUAAUGUGGCUCUUCUAAGCAGGUGAGGACCUCCUCCUCAAUGCUCUAUAAAGUGUUUGUGUUCUGUAGAGUUCCCAGUAAAUGUGGCUUAAUACUUUAAUUCUUAGGAUGUGUCUUUCUACGUGAUGCGGCUACUAAAUUCUGUUUUGUUUGUGGAAUGACUAGCACAGGCCGAUGCCCUCUUUCCCUCACUUACCAGAAGACCAAUGAGCUGUUAAUGAGCGGUUAUCUCCAUGGUAUUACUGCUAAAUGCACUGAUGUCAUAAGUAUGUGGAACCCUUUUCCUUUUGAAACUGUGUAUCAUAUACCAGACUGAAUCUACUUAAUAAACACUGAACAACAAACCCA